AUAUAUGUAUAUAUUUAUAUAUAUAUUGAACUAUCAGCUCCUUGUUUAUGAUACGAGACUGAAAGACUUCUGAACACCUAGACCGUAGAAUAUUAAUCUUUAGUUGCAACUAUGAUGUCUGCACCAGGUACCGUAAUCUCAUGUGAGGAUGAGGCUACAUUCAACACCACCGUGAAAGAGCAUCCCGGCGGUCUUACUUGUGUACACUUCUGGGCGCCCUGGGCUAAGGCUAGUGUAUACAUGAACGAAGUACUGGAAACUGCAGCUAAGAAAUACCCUCAUGUCACAAUGAUUAAGAUCGAUGCCGAAGAACUCAGCGAGAUCUCAGAGGAGUACGAUAUCACCGCAGUGCCCACAGUUGUGUUCCUAAAGAAUAACAAGGAAUGCGAUCGACUACAAACGGCAGUGGCUGCUGACUUGGUCAAACUUCUGGAGAAGCACAGCACUGGAGUGACCGCAUCUGUACCAAAGGGUGCUGUAGUAGAGAAGGAUCUAAACACGCGUUUGGGUGAACUUGUCAACAAGGCCGAUGUCAUGCUGUUUAUGAAAGGUGAUCGUGCUACACCUCGUUGCGGAUUCAGUCGCCAAACAAUCGAGAUCCUAAAUGCAGAAAAUGUGGAUUACGAGACUUUCGAUAUUCUUGAGGACAACGACGUUCGACAAGGGCUGAAGACAUACUCUGACUGGGCCACAUAUCCCCAGCUGUACGUCAAAGGUGAGCUUGUUGGUGGAAUAGAUAUCAUCAAAGAGUUAAUUGAGAAUGGGGACUUUGAGGAGAUGGUACCCAAGAAAGAGAAGCCGAAGGCCACAAUCACCCCGGCGGCCGCCACCACAGAGGAGCGCACACACGAGUCCUACGAGUAUCUAGUACCCAUCAUCAACAAAGCACCUGUGGUUCUCUUUAUGAAGGGUUCGCCAGAUGUACCGGAGUGUGGCUUCUCGAGGCAAGUGAUCUCUCUGCUAGAAAGUGAGAACAUCAUAUACGAGACUGUCAACAUCCUGGUCAAUCCCGAUGUGCGCGCUGAUUUGAAGAUCUACUCGCAGUGGCCCACAUUUCCACAACUGUACGUGGAAGGUGAGCUCGUAGGUGGUCUGGAUAUCCUGAAGGAGAUGCAAGAAAGUGGAGACUUUUUAGAUUCCAUCCCUGACACCUGCAUAAGGAAGGAGUAGAUCAUCGUGCACCCACACGCUGUAUAAUUAAUAACUGCGAUUGGCCAGGAAUUGGAACAGCUAUUAAGGAACGCGUUCGCAGGACGACUCUGUUACUUAGAUGCCGUUGACUUUUUGCAAACAUUCCGUUGUCGAAAAUAAAACAAUCUCCAACCUGA